AUGGCCGAUGUCAUGGUCCAGACCCCUCCGGUACUUCAGGGUCCAUCAGAGAAGGAGCGAAAAUAUGACCGCCAACUCCGACUUUGGGCUGCCUCGGGUCAGGCUGCUCUCGAGUCGGCUAAUAUUCUCCUCGUCAACUCCGGUGCUGGUACCGUUGGCGUUGAGACUCUCAAGAAUCUUGUUCUACCUGGUAUUGGCCGGUUCACUAUUGCCGACCAGAAUGUUGUAACUCAUCAAGAUUUGGGUGUCAAUUUCUUUGUAGAUGAUAGCUGGCUGGGCAAGUCCAGAGCUGAAGCUUGCACCGACUUUCUCUUGGAACUUAACCCUGAAGUACAGGGUGAAUGGUAUCCUAAACCCCAGGAUGAAUCUUUCCACCUAGAUCACUUUCUCAGUAGCUCACCAACAUUCACCAUGAUCCUAUAUGCUCUUCCUUUGCCUCAAGAUCAGGUUCAGCUAAUUCGGGGUUAUUCUCAUCAACAUAAAAUUCCUACAAUUGCAGUUCAUUCUGUUGGAUACUACUCCUACUUCAAGACCACAUUACCAGGCACAUUUCCUAUCGUUGACACCCAUCCCGACGAGACCGCUACUACAGAUCUGCGACUUCUAGCCCCUUGGCCCGAACUCCUUGAGUUUUCCCAGAGCAUGACUGAAAACAUCGAUAACCUCGAUAGUCAUGAGCAUGGUCAUUUACCUAUGGUCGUCAUUCUCUUUCAUUAUCUAGAACAAUGGAAACAGGCCCACGGCGGCGCUUACCCUACAAGCUACGUCGACAAGACCGCAUUCCGCAAAACUGUCUCGGAGGCCAUGAGGACAGACAACCCUGAGGGAGGUGAAGAGAAUUUUGAAGAGGCUAUAGCUGCUGUGAUGAAACAUGUAGUAAAGCCCUCCCUUCCUAGUUCUCUUCAACAAGUCUUUGACCAUGUGCACCAAGAUCCUGUAAGAAUAAGUGCAAUUAUUGUCAACUUCAUCGCUAACCUUUGCCAGGAGGAGACCACAUCAAGCUUCUGGGUCAUCACAGAGGCUGUGAAACGAUUCUAUGACCAACAUGGCCGUUUACCUGUCCCUGGAGGACUGCCUGACAUGAAGGCUCAAUCCAACGUGUACAUCAAACUACAGAACAUCUACAAAGAACGGGCUCGCCAGGACGUUGGUCAAGUUCUGGAAACCGCUCGAAGUCUUCCUGGCGGUCAGGACGUGGAUCCCGAGCAGGUCGAGCUCUUCUGCAAGAAUGCUUCUUUUAUCAAGCUCAUUAAUGCCUCUGGAGACAAGUCUAUCAGUCUCGAUAAGCUUGUCGAGCAGGAGCUAGCAAACGACGAGAUAUCAGCCUUUGCUGGGCCCGAGAUGCCUCUAUCUCUGGUCCCACUGUACCUCGCCCUGUUGGCAACAUCAAAUACCAAGACUGCUUCUGCAGAUGAUAUUAUGGAUUUCGUCGGCAAGGCCGCACCAAAAGCCACAGAAAACGAACGAUACAAGAAGACUGCCCAAGAGGUUGAGCGCGCGGCCGGUGGCGAGCUUCAUAACAUAUCAGCCCUUACCGGCGGCAUGGUUGCUCAAGAGAUGAUCAAGAUUAUCACCAAGCAAUAUGUGCCCAUCGACAACACUUGUAUCUUCGACGGUAUCGACAGCCGCUGUCAGGUCCUCCGCCUGUAA